AUGAACGGCCACUUUUCUGCCGUGGGCGACCAGCCUGCUGGCGGAAGCUACGAGCAUGGCGUCCAAGUUAUUGACGAGGAUAAGGAAUUCAAUGAGAACCUCAACAACUACCUGCAGACCACGAAUGUCGCCGAUUCGGGAUUCAAUUACCACCUGAUAUCUGUAUUCGGUUCCCAGUCCACCGGCAAGUCGACCCUUUUGAAUAACCUCUUCGGCACCGAAUUCUCAGUCAUGUCCGAGACGGAGCGUCGCCAGACCACAAAGGGCAUAUGGAUGUCCAAGAACAAGCGCGAGGAGAGCGCCGGUGCAAAGAUGGCAGACAACAUUCUCGUCAUGGACGUCGAGGGAACCGAUGGUCGCGAACGUGGCGAAGACCAGGAUUUCGAGAGAAAAAGCGCCCUCUUCGCCCUGGCGACCAGCGAGGUCCUCAUCGUCAACAUCUGGGAGCAUCAGGUGGGGUUGUAUCAGGGGGCCAACAUGGGUCUGCUCAAGACCGUCUUCGAGGUCAACCUGCAGCUAUUUCUCAAGGACAAACAGUCAACGCCGCGAUCCCUGCUCUUCUUCGUUAUCCGAGACCAUCUCGGCACGACGCCGUUGUCCAACCUCCGCACUACGUUGAUCCAAGAUCUUACCAAGAUUUGGUCGACAAUCUCCAAACCCCAGGGUCUCGAAGGCUCGAGAAUCGAAGACUAUUUCGACUUUGGCUUUGCCGCCCUGCCGCACAAGAUCCUCCAGGCAGACAAGUUUGUCAGCGAGGUCAGCAAGCUCGGUUCCAGAUUCACGACCGGCCACAAGGGCAACAAGGGCGCCGACCACGAGCUCGAGGGCGGCGUCUUCCUACCUGAAUACCACCGCCGAAUUCCCGCCGAUGGCUUCUCCGUGUAUGCCGAGGGCAUAUGGGACCAGAUUGUGCACAACAAGGACCUCGAUUUGCCCACUCAGCAAGAAUUGUUGGCUCAAUUUCGGUGCGACGAGAUUUCGCGCGAGGUUUUGGUCGCAUUUGACCUCAUAGUGGCCCCCCUUGAGGAGCAGCAAGGCGAAGCGGUCAAACUAGGCAAGAUUCUUGUCCUCCCGGACCUUGGCGGCGUUGGCAACCAGGCCCGUGGAAAACUGCUCAGCGCAUUCGAGUCGCAGGCCAGCCGGUACCACAAGGGCGUGUACACGCGCAAGAGACAAGAGCUGGAGGCCAAGGUCGAUGCGAGACUCAAAGCCUUAUAUGUGGGACAGCUGACCGCGGCGCACAAGGCGGGUGUUGCUGCCUUUAGCGAUGCCGUGUCCAACAAAGUCAAGGCCGGGCAAAAGGCGGGCGGCGGGUAUGAAUUUGCCGAGAUUGUCGCCAGCGAAAAGAAGAAGACGCUGGACAUAUUCAGGACCGAGGCCCAGGGGCUGGCCAUUCAGGGGCUUCCAUGGACCAACUUCAAGCCGCAGUAUCAGCUAUUUGAGGCCGACCUCGACGAAGUGAGUGGAAAGCUGCGCAAGGAGGAAAUGCGACGGCUUGCGACUAGGGUCGAGCGCUGGGUCAAGUCUCGGCUCGGCGAGGCCAUCGGCUUGGAAUUCAACAAGCUUGGGUCAGGGCGCGGCGGCACGGGUGCGCCAGAGACGGGCGACCAACCCAGCGAAAAGGACCUCUGGGAUCGUGUUUGGAACGUCUUUACCGGCAUCGUCAAGGAGGCCGAGAGUCGUUUUGCGGACCGUGCCAAGAGCUUUGACGCCAGUGACGACGAAGCUGAGGUUGGCAUGUGGCGCCUGCGCCGCAAGAGCUGGGUUGGCCUUCGUGAGAAGAUUGAUGAGGAGGUCAUGGAAGGCAACAUUCUCUUGAAGCUGCGAGAAAACUUUGAGGAUAAGUUCCGAUACGACGAAGCCGGGGUUCCUCGGAUAUGGCGGCCGACCGACGACAUUGAGGGCAUCUACACCAAGGCACGAGAGUCGACCCUCACGCUUAUUCCGCUUCUGUCCAGGUUCCGUCUCUCCACAACGUAUGCGCCCCCGGAUCUGGUGAGCUUUAUCGGAGGUCAGCCUACCGGGGUAGAGGUUGGUGACGAGGAGGAUCUGACCCCCAUUGGCGGCGUGGACGAGGAGGAGGGCAAGAGCCUCGAGGAGGAGAUGACGGUUCUGAGCGAGAGCAAGCGCCAGGACUUGGUCGUUCGGUUCAAAAAGACGGCGGACGGCGUUUACGUGGAAGCCAAGCGUAGUGCCAUUGGCGGCGUAGCCCAGGUCCCUUGGUACUUUUACGCGCUGCUCGUCGCACUGGGAUGGAAUGAAAUCUUUAUGGUUUUGCGAAAUCCUUUCCUCUUCAUCUUCCUCCUCAUGCUUGCGGGCGGCACGUAUGUGGCGUACACGCUCAACCUGCUUGGUCCCAUGAUGCAAAUGAGCAACGCUGCCGUGAACCAAGGCAUCGACAUUGCCAAGCAGCAACUGCGCGAGUUUAUCGCCAACUCGGAGACGGCGAGACAGGCUUUGAACGUCCCUGCGUCACCCCCAGCAUACAGCGAGCGAGAGAGCAUCAGCAUGGAUACACUUGACGGGCAAGGUAGAAAGGCGUCACCAGCGAAUGAGGACAUGGAUGAUAUUUGA